UGUUGCCUGUCACCGCACCCGGCAGCCCGAGCACCUUGCCUGGGGCCGGGCCGUGGCGCCGAGCGCGCAGAUGUGAGCCUUGGACGAGCCACUUUUGUGGUGAGGAGUCGGCGGGACGCUGCUGGGUCACCGGGAAGUACCUUUUCUUAGGGGCCAGUCAAGAAGAGGAGGCCCUGGUACCAGUCCGUUGGCCUGAGCCCCCACCUCACCUGCUGCUCCAGUAAUCCGACAGCUGAGUGGCGCUUCCAGUCCUGACUUGGACCUUCCAGGGAAAACUGACAGGGAGCCUGCCAGGAUGUCUGCCUCACUGGAGCCCCUGAGUUCCAGUGAAAAGAUGCGCAACAUGACAGCCAGCGAAUGCUUCCAGUCUCGGAGCACCGUCCUGCAGGGGCAGCCGUUCGGGGGGAUCCCCACGGUGCUGUUCCUCAACGUCAUCUUGUGGGUGCUCGUCCUUUUGGUUUAUUCCUUCCUCCGGAAAGCUGCGUGGGACUACGGGCGCCUGGCUCUGCUGAUCCACAAUGACAGCCUGACCUCGCUGAUCUACGGGGAGCAGAGUGAGAAGUCCUCUCCCUCAGAGAUUUCCUUGGAGAUGGAGCGCAGGGACAAGGGCUUCUGCUCCUGGUUCUUCAACAGCCUAACCAUGAAGAACCAGGAUCUGAUUAGCAAGUGCGGGGAUGACGCUCGCAUCUACAUCACGUUCCAGUACCACCUCAUUGUCUUCGUGCUCAUCCUCUGCCUCCCCUCCUUGGGUGUCAUUCUGCCCAUCAACUACACCGGAACUGUCCUGGACUGGAAUAGCCACUUUGCACGGACCACCAUUGUCAAUGUCUCCACAGAGAGCAGGCUCCUGUGGCUGCACAGCCUCUUCGCGUUCAUAUACUUCCUCACCAACUUCCUCUUCAUGACUCAUCACUGCCUGGGGUUUGUGCCCAGGAAGAGCAAAAAGGUCACAAGGACACUAAUGAUCACCUAUGUGCCCACGGACAUACAAGACCCAGAGAUGGUCAUCAAGCAUUUCCAUGAGGCCUAUCCAGGGUGUGUGGUGACCAGAGUCCACUUCUGCUAUGAUGUGAGGACGCUGAUUGACUUGGAUGAUCAGAGGCGCCAUGCCAUGCGGGGCCGGCUGUACUACACGGCCAAGGCCAAGAAGACUGGCAAGGUGAUGAUCAGGAUCCACCCCUGCUCCCGCCUGUGCUUCUGCAAGUGCUGCACCUGCUUCAAGGAGGUAGAUGCAGAGCAGUAUUACAGCGAGCUGGAGGAGCAGCUGACGGAUGAGUUCAACGCUGAGCUCAACCGCGUCCGGCUGAAGCGUCUCGACCUGAUCUUCGUCACCUUCCAGGAUUGGAGGAUGGCAAGGAGCAUCCUGGAAGAUUACAAGUACGUCCAGUGUGGCAUGCACCCCCAGCAGUCCUCAGUGACCACCACCGUCAAAUCCUACCGCUGGAGGGUCAUUCACGCCCCACACCCCAAAGACAUUAUUUGGAAACACCUGUCCAUCCGCCGCUUCAGUUGGUGGGCCCGCUUCAUCGCAAUCAACACCUUCCUCUUCUUCCUCUUCUUCUUUCUCACCACGCCUGCCAUCAUCAUCAACACCAUCGACAUGUACAACGUCACCCGCCCCAUCGAGAAGCUGCAGAGCCCGAUUGUGACCCAGUUCUUCCCCUCCCUGCUGCUCUGGGCCUUCACGGUGAUAAUGCCUCUGAUGGUCUACUUCUCUGCCUUCCUCGAGGCCCACUGGACCAGAUCGAGUCAGAAUCUGAUCAUAGUGCACAAGUGCUACGUCUUUCUGGUGUUCAUGGUGGUCAUCCUGCCUUCUAUGGGACUGACCAGUUUGGACGUCUUUUUCCGCUGGCUCUUCGACAUCUACUAUUUAGAGCAGGCGACCAUCCGGUUCCAGUGUGUGUUCCUGCCAGACAAUGGCGCCUUCUUCGUCAACUACGUGAUCACAGCGGCUCUGCUCGGCACAGGCAUGGAGCUGCUGCGCCUGGGGUCCCUCUUCAUGUACAGCACUCGCCUCUUCUUUUCCAGAUCGGAGCCAGAGAGAGCCCACAUCAGGAAGAACCAGGCCAUAGAUUUCCAGUACGGGCGGGAGUACGCGUGGAUGCUGAACGUCUUCAGCGUGGUGAUGGCGUACAGCAUCACUUGCCCUAUCAUCGUGCCUUUUGGGCUUCUCUACCUGUGCAUGAAGCACCUCACGGACCGGUACAACAUGUACUACUCCUUCGCACCCACCAAGCUCAACGAGCAGAUCCACAUGGCCGCCGUCUACCAGGCCAUCUUCGCACCGCUCUUGGGUCUGUUCUGGAUGCUCUUCUUCUCCAUCCUGCGAGUAGGUUCCCUCCACAACAUCACCUUCUUUUCCCUGACCACCCUUAUCGUUUCCAUGGUAAUCGCCUUUUUUGGCAUUUUUCUGGGGAAGUUUCGGACAGUCAGUGACUAUGAGCCCCAGGAGGAGACGGAGACAGUGUUUGACAUGGAGCCAAGCAGCACGUCCUCCACACCCACGUCCCUUCUCUACGUGGCCACCGUGCUUCAAGAGCCGGAACUGAGCCUGACCCCAGCCUCCUCCCCAGCCCGGCACACCUAUGGCACCAUGAACAGCCAGCCAGAAGAGGGAGAAGACGAGAGCGGUUUGAGGGGCUUUGCAAGGGAGCUGGACUCUGCCCAGUUUCAGGAAGGGCUGGAGCUGGAGGGCCAGAGCCAGUACCACUGAUCAGGACUCCAGUCAGGGGCCAGGGGAGAACUGGCAGGGGGAGGCAGGAGGGCAGCCCGGCCUCCCCGCUCCCUCCCACAGACUUUGGGAAGCUCUGGAUGGAGACAUCUGCUGCCCGGCCUUGGCCACAUGGAGACCCUGACCUGCUGACCACCCAGAACAGGAGGUUCUGGGAAGUGCCAAGGGAUCCCGGGAUGGGAUGGAGAAGGCAAAUGCCAAGUCUUGGGAGAGAUGGCUGAAGCCCAGGACACAGACUGCGUGGUGGGUACCUUCCUGGGGUCAAGGUGGAGAAGGUGUGUAUAAGGGAGGAGGCAGGAAGACGCCACCAAGGCUCUCCGGGGUCUCCCUCGCCCCUGCUCCAGCUGCCCUUCAGGGAGCUCCUGCUGCUCCACCCCCCAAAGAGGCAAAGGUAUGUGCACUGGGCGUCACCAGGACUCUGGGGCAUCUCAGCACAGGUUUCCCCGCAGGGGAUCUGUAAAGGAGGGGACAGCUGGGACCACAGACUGAGAAGAGGUGACUGAGCCCUUCCUGUUCCUCUGCCCUUUGUGAGAUGUCCCAGGAGCAGCAGGGAGGAGGCCCUUCUUUCUAAUUCUGCAAGGGUAGCUGGGACAAGGUUCCCCAGGCUCAUUAAACCAGACCUGUGUGCGUCCUGGUGAAGGAAACCAUGGCUGCUUCUUGCUGGUUGCUAUAAGGUGGGGCGGGGCAGAAACAGAACUCAUAGAGGGGAGUCCUUUCCCCAGAACGUGGGGCAGUGGGAAAACGGUUACACCUCCCCAAGCCCUGGGGCUAAAUAAGAAGAUUCCCCAAAGCCAAAGAGAUGGCCACUAAGUGCUUCCCCUGCCUCUCAUCCAUCUUGAGUGCUGGGUCCCCAGCCUGGCCAAGAUGGGCGACAACUAAAGGCUUCAAAAUGAAGGCACUGGCCAUCCCCUGCCCUCCAAGUAGGAUCCUUUCUCCCCUUUGGGGCUGCCCUGCACUGAAGACUGCCCAAGUGGCCUCCAGUGUGGCCCUGGCUCAGACACUGCAAAAGCUUCUAACAGUGACGUCACUCCAACGGGGAUGGGGUUAGGGGAGAGGCGAGUCCCCCAUGGAGGAGCCCUUUCUGGUGGGGUAUGGAUGACCUCCCAGAGCUGCCUCCCCGUGAGGGUUGGAGGGCUGAAUCCUGAACAGAGAUGGUGACCCUCAGCACCUCUGCCACCACCCGGGGUGGCGGGGCAGGGAGUACAGGCCUCUGCCUCUUGGGACAGGCUGCUGUCAGGACCACCAUGCAGCUCAGCCAGGGUGGACAUGGAGAAGGGCCUCCGGGGCCUAGUGAACCCCACAAGUUGAGCUGCAUGGGGUCUGUGAGCCUCUUGAGCCCCCUCCUCCAGAGUCUGGCUCCCUCCCUGCUGCUGAUCUGCUGCAAGUGACCCAGGCUCACCCCACCUCAGGGUCCCCACUGUCCCGGGCUCAUGGCUCCCUGAGUGCAGAUCACACAGGCCCGUUCCUCGCCUAACUCUGCCCACAUCCCAGCCCCAGCUUCAAGCUUCGCCCCAGGUGAGAAGCAGCCUCUCAAGGGCAGACAGUGCUGUGACCCAGGGCUCAGCCCUGACACUGGCCUGGAGGAUCUUUCCAGAGAGCUUGGGUCAGCUGGGGAGGAAGUUAUCUUCCAUCCCUUCUCCAGCUUGGAUAAAGGAAAAAGUCUACCCAUCCUGGCCCUAAGCACCCAGGUCCCACAGGGAUGUCACCAACCAAGGAGAGGAAAGGACCCUUCUGUAGCAGAGUGGUCAAACCCAGAAGGGAGCUCUGCCCACAGUGAGAAAUGACCAGCACCAGGCCCCGCCUGACCCUGUAGUGGCUCUUUGAUACGUGGAGAGUAUGGGGUGCUGCCAGAGGCUGGCUUGGGCCUGUCCUUCCCUGGGCACUAGUCUCGACUAUACCUGCUGCUGGUCCCUCCCUGCAGCCCUGCUGGACCGUUGCUGCUGGUCCUGCCACUGGGCCUCCCCUCGUCCCCCACUCCCCUGAAGGCCAUGGAAGCGUCACAUGGAAAGGGUCCUGCAGACAACAUGGCAGGAUGGCUGGGGACGCCCAUCUAAACCCGGGUCAAGUGCAACCUGGUGUGACUGUUGAGGAAGUGCCCGACUCUAUUUGCUUUUCUGCUCUUCCUGGAGACCCAGGGCAAUGGACAAGGUCCUGCUGAGCACGCUGGACCUCAACCUCCCACGGUCACUGGGGGUUGGGGGUCCUUCAGCUCCUCACAUGCACACCACAUCCAGGUCCUCCCUGGGAAACCCCCUCCUCCCCUCUCAGUCGACACCUGUCUUGGCUUGUCUACUGACAUCCUGCCCUGCCCCACCCCAAAUCCAUCCACAUAAUCCUUUCUGGAGGGAGCUGCCUCUUGGGGGACCUGGUGUGGCCUAGAGCCUCCCAGAGGGGCCUCCCCAGGCCUUGAGUGGCCCCAGCCCUGCCUGCCUGUCCCUCAGCUGCCUCUGGAAGCAAAGUGCCUAUCAGCAGCAUUGCGUCCUCGGGGGCCCUGGAGGGGUCGUGGACUAACCUUGGCCACCACCACUAAAGGAAUGUGCCAGAAUGCUGAACCUUCUUGUUAUCAAUGCUAUGACUGUGCCUUGAAUAAAUAAG